GCUUUUUUGCAACUUUAACUCCAAAUUUCUCAAAAUUGUGACAUAGUAGAAUAAUUUAGAAACCGGAUUCGUAUUCAGCGUUUAAAAAUAUUACAGAAAAUGAUUAGUCUCGUUCUGAUGUCACAACUUUGUUGAACUGCAUAUGUUUCAUUUUCCUUUCUUUACUACAGUCACUUUAAAUAUUGAAAUUUUCAGAGAUUAAAAAUAUUAAGUAUUUAUUUUUAAGAAUUUAACAGAUUUUAUCAGAAAAGUUUUACAGAUUGUUAUCACAUAUGUUCAAAAUUAAAAAAAAAUUUGGAGUUGAUUCACUGAAGCAAUCAAAAGUUAUAAGGAUUUCAGUUUGCGACGAAUUUGUUCUUUAUUUUAUGAACAACGUGUGAUCACAUUGAUUCAAGUGGCUAAAUUAGACAGAAAAAUGAUAGCAAUUAGUUUAAAAUUUGAAAAAGUACAGUUUUAGAUAGAAGAAAUAAUUUUGACCGUGUACUGAAUGAUUUAAGAAUAUUAGAGAUGUAUUGCAGGAAAAUAGGGUCAUUUUUAUUGCAAAAUUAUUAUAAACCAUUUAUUAUAAAUCAAAAUUUUUGCUCUUUUUUUUUUUGCAGCGAGAAUUUUUUCAUGGUCAAGAAUUGGGCGUUUGCAACCUAGAUUUUUUUGUCGCUAAGAAAGAAAAAGAAUAAAUCUAAGAAGUCUUCAGUUUUUAGAUUUCGAUCAUUUUUAUUUCGUAUUAUACAGCCAAAAUAUUUUUUAAAAAAAGUUAUAAUUUUCUCAUAUACUCGAAUACAGAUUCUAUUAUAACAGAUCCAUCUCUUAUCUUUUCUCUUAAUUAAUUUUUCAAUGUCCAGCAGUCUUUUAGACAAUUCUCUUAGAGAACGUUUUCUCGUUUUCUGCGCCUUGUAGCUACAUACGUAGCUUACCAAGCAGCUUCCGAGGCCUUGUUGCGCAGCAGCGUCGAAAGUUGGUUUCUCUUCAGGAAAACGAUCGUCCAAGAAUGGGUUCUGUUACACGCUUUGUUUGUUCCUUCCCUAAAAACGUUGGUUCGGUCCGGCGACCGUUUAAUUUUCCUCCGGUGCUCCGCGCGAUGUCGGCAAUUUCCGAAAGGGUCGUUAACACGGAUCGUCAAUUCUCGUCUUUGUGCUCGUUGCUGAUAGAAAGGGGGUUACGAUCUUCUUAUCUCAAGCAGCUAAAUGCGACACCCUCUCGGAUCUAUCAAGGCAAACAGAUAUGAGAACGCAUAUGGGAUACUAUCAGAAAUAGCAGACUUAGCAAUCUUCGAAGGUUCAAAUCGUCAUCGUGGUAUUUUCUCUGCCUCCCCUCGUCGCUUUUCUCUUUUUCUUUUCGUGUUUCUCCCUUUCUCCCGCCUCGAUAUCGAAAGAACGGCAGGGGGAAAGGAGGCAGGGCGACUAAUUGGAAAGCCGACGCGGGGAUUAAAGAUUUCCCGGACCCGCCCUUUUCUCUCGCAGCAGCAACGGCGGUGGCGCUUAACUGAAAUUACGUCAACUGGCGAGUGCGGUUGCACAUUAUCGACCGACGUAAUUGGGUAUUCGUUAGAAAUAAAUGGCCGUUAAUGCAAUUUUCGGCAGGUAUAUACGCAUCUCUCUCUCUCUCUCUCUCUCUCUCUCUCUCUCUCUCUUCUCUUUCUCUCUCUCUGUUUCUCUCUCUCUCUCUCUCUCUCUCUUUCUCUCUCACACUUUCUCCGAUAAUGCAUCCAAUCCAAGUCACGCUGACUAAAACAUUAUGAACCCAAUAGCGCACAUGGUCCUCCCUCUUCCACAAUAAUGACCAGAUGAUUUAAUCAUUUACUGCGCCGGCGAAAGUCACCAAGAUGCUAACUCGCUAACGAAGGGAAGACCCGCUGCAAAUCAUCGUCGCGAAAAUCGAGCACGACAUCGUCGCUGCGGUAUACCCGUCGUCUCGUCGUUAUGUACCAGCAUCGUUAACACCGAAGACAGUCUUGUGAUAAAUUUCCGGCGCAUUGCGAAAUAAAUUGCAUCGUGGAUCAUCAGAACUCGGGACUUCGCGCGCGGAGCGUCAUGGAUUUAUUCGAUUGGAGAAAGAUAUAGAUGAGUGCAGGCAAAAGUUGGACAUACAUGAAAGGCGAGAUCGGUGGCGUCUAUAAAAGAAUUCCAAACUUCUGCCGCACGAAGGUCCGCCCGCGAAUUACCGUGGCAAUCAAGGAACGAAAUCACUUCAUAAAUCCAGGGCUGCGCUGGUCAUCAACAUAUAAACAGUGCAUAGAUUGGAUCCCUGUGGGCCAUUUCUAAGCUCAGACAUACGUACAAAAGGACUGACAUCCCACAAAAACCCGCACCUCAAAGUCCAUGGAGUCUCGGAGCAGAAAAUUGCGGAAAAUGGGAACUGCGGGAAAUUCUGAGAUAGUGAUGGGAGCGCGCGAGGAGAGUAGCCGACGUUUAUCGGCCAGGUGUUGACUCCGUGUCCGUCGAAAACGAUGUAAAAAGCUUCAGACCCGCUUUAACGAAUGCGGACCAUGAUACAUUAUUUAACCAGAUGAUGAAUAGCGAACAUUGAAGACGGAAAAUACACUUUAGCCGUGAUGGAGGCUCACGUCGAUCAAGCCGCGAACACAACUGCGGAAAAUCCAGUCAUCGAUGUACCAAUCAUCUUGAGAGCUAUCGUGCUCUGUCUCCUUAUACUCAUCACUAUCGUAGGGAAUCUGUUCGUGAUAGCGGCUAUCCUAUUGGAGAGAAACUUGCAAUCCGUAGCAAAUUACUUAAUUGUCAGUUUGGCAGUCGCGGAUCUUAUGGUCGCCUGUCUCGUUAUGCCUCUAGGAGCUGUUUAUGAGAUAAACUCCGGGUGGUCACUCGGUCCGGAGCUCUGCGACAUGUGGACCAGCAGCGACGUUCUGUGUUGCACAGCCUCGAUAUUGCAUCUGGUGGCCAUCGCGGUCGACAGAUAUUGGGCAGUCACCGAUAUCAAUUAUAUACAGGCAAGGAAUCCGAGAAGAAUCGGCAUCCUGAUCGUCACCGUGUGGGUGGUAUCCUUAGGAAUCUCAUUAGCGCCUCAGCUCGGAUGGAAGGAUCCUGAUUAUUUGAACCGCAUAGCCGAAGGGACGUGUCUCGUGUCACAGGAUCCUGCAUAUCAGAUUUUCGCGACAUGCGCCACGUUUUAUGUUCCGCUGUUAGUUAUUUUAUUCCUGUACUGGAGGAUAUUCCAAGCGGCGCGAAAGAGGAUUAGGAAGAGGCCUGGCACGAUCCUUCAACCGCCACGCGAACGGAGAGGCAUCCUCAGGCUCGUCACGAGAAGGCCGCGUGAGGAGUCGACGGCGUUCACCAUCACGAGAACCACGCCGGAUCACUCGUCCAUCUCGCCGGAAAAGUCGUCGUCGUACAACGGCGCGAAUGCCACACCGUCGACGACGGUGACGCCGACGGCGAUCUCGACGACGACCACCACCACCACCACGACGACGUUAACGAAUCCGACCAGCACGAGCCAGCAACAGCCGGUGGUGGUCAAAUGUACGAAGCGCACACGCGAGACGAUCGAGUCGAAGCGCGAGCGCAAGGCGGCGAAGACCCUGGCGAUCAUCACCGGUGCCUUUGUCGCCUGCUGGCUACCGUUCUUCUUCGCCGCGCUGCUGCAAGCCACAUGCCGGACCUGCCAGCCACCCGAGAUCGUGUCCAGUGUAUUCCUGUGGCUUGGAUACUUCAACAGCACCCUCAACCCCGUAAUUUACACUGUGUUCUCGCCGGAAUUUCGGCAAGCAUUCAAAAGGAUGCUGUGCGGUGGUACGCGGGGACUUCGCUGACAGUGGAUUUAAUUCCUUUGCUCCGUGCGCGCGGCCGGAUGAAGGGGAUACGUGAAACUCUUGUACAUAUACAAUGCAAUAUAUACAUAUACAUUUACAUUUUCAUUUACAUAUACGUACAUCUAUGUAUGUAUGUAUGUAUGUAUAUAUGUAUAUAUGUAUUGCACACGCUUGCUACCAGAUUUCCUCGGUGUUGUGUAAUAUCUGGAUGCCCAACUCUAAAUAUUGUUAUAUUAAGUGGAUACAUUCGUGCGGUUAUCUGCGUAUUUUAGAUAUUGAAAGAGAUUAAUGUUAUACUUAUUUUUAAAUACUUUCUCACAUACGAUCGUCAUAAAAAGUUAAAGAUGUCUUAUUUUCUGGUAUAAUUAUUAAAUCUUAUCUUGUUAAUAUAGCCUCUAUGUUUUUAUCAAUGACAUUGUAAUGUAAUAUCAAUUCAGGACAUAUUGUUCAAAGCUAUCCUUAAAUCAGGGUUGAGAAGUAACGCAUCACUUGUAACGUCGUUAUCGUUAUAGCAGGGAUGUGUGAGCAUUUAUAAGAUCGAAUCGAAUCGAAUUAAAUUGAAUCAAAUUUGAAAUUUUCAUGUCUAAUCAAAUCGAAUUGAAUCUCUUUGAUUCGAAUGCAAAUCAAAUUUUCCCUGAUAUACAUGCUAAUUUAAACAUAAUUAAAUAUUUUUUCAAUGUUGGAGAUUCUUUUUAAUAGACGAGAAAAUUAAUCGCAAGAGCUUGGAAGAAUAAUUAUAAAAAUAAUGUACUAAAUAAUAUCCCCUACAUGAAUAAUAAGUGAGGAUAUUAUACCGAUAAAUGAGCAUUGAACAAAUUACUAUGUUGAUAUCCAAGUUGUAGUACGUAACGCACUCCGUUAGGAAAAACGAUGUUUUUAAUGCCACCUAAAUUCUAUAAAAUCAUGACAAACGUGGUAUAAAAUGUGGAAACGAAAUUACGAAGACGAUUGUCUUUUGCGUACACAAAUUUUUGAGCAGUUUAUAAGAUAUAAAAUAUUAGUAAAAUAUUGAAGAUAGAUAAACAAUUAGGCACGAGACUUGGAAAUACACGUGAGAUAUAAAUGAAACAAUUAAAAAACAAUUAAAAAACAAUUAAAAUGAGAGAUUGGUUUGAAAUCAAAUUAUUCGAAAUUCUUGAACUAUUCAAGUUUGAAUCUUCUAGAUCGAAAACAAGUCGAAUCUUUUGUAAUUCUACUCAAUUUGAUUCGAAUUGUUUGCAUAUCUCUACGUUACAAUUAAUUUUUUUUACUAACUGAAUUGAUAAUGGCAUUACUUUUCUUUUUUCGUAAGUGUAACAGUAACGUAGUUAUUGAAUUUAAAUUUAACGGUCACGAAUUUAACAGUUACUUUUUAUAUUUUAAAUCAAUUUGUGACAAUUUUCAUUGUGUGUUCAAUUUUUCAUUGUGUGUAGUUUCCAUCUAUAUUUAUAAUCUGUUAUGUUUAAAAUCAAACAUAAUUUUAAAAUGUAAACUAAUACAAUGAAUGAAUAUUACCGCAUAUAUUUUAAAAACACUUUUGAGUUUUAAAUUA